AAUCUAUCUGGUUUGAUUUGAAAAAUGGAAUAAAUUUAGGUGAACAUACAUAUUUGAACUUUCUCAAGAAAAAAAAAUGGUGAUUAGGAGAUUUCUUCGCUACAGAAGUGUACAUUAUUUCUCCAGAACACUCUUCCAUUGCUAUCUUUCUCCACUCAAAAGCACUCAGUAUUCUCUUUCUUCUUCAUUUUCUUCUUAUCUUCCCACCUGCAAUGCCUUUCGCGGCUGUCUGUUCAUGUCCUCUUUUACUGAUGCAGAAACAAAAAAGGAACCUGAAAAAAAUCCAGACCUGGUGAAUGAGAUUUCUCGAAUUCUUAGUGACUACAGAAGUCCUCACCACGACAUUGAGUCCGCACUCAAUCCAUUUUCCGGCAGUAUUUCUACCGAUGUAGUUGAACAAGUCCUCAAACGUUGCAAAAAUCUUGAAUUCUCUGCGCACAGGUUCUUCAUAUGGGCACAAAAGUUAUCAGGUUUUUGCCAUAGUCGAGAAAGCUUUCACAUUCUUGUUGAUAUAUUAGGAAGUAGUAAACAGUUCCCUUUGAUAUGGGAUUUCCUUGUUGAGAUGAGAACGAAUAGAUCUUGUGAAAUUACUCCCGAAAUUUUCUUGCUUGUUUUCAGGGCUUAUAGUAGAGCUGGUUUGCCAGCUGAUGCAAUUAGGGCUUUUAAUAAAAUGGUAGAUUUUGGGAUUAAACCAUGUUUAGCUGAUCUCGAUAAGCUUUUGCUGGCGCUGUGUAAAAGAAAGCAUGCCAAGCAAGCGCAGGAGUUCUUCGAUAAAGUGAAGGAUGAUUUCAUGCCGAGUGUGAAAACUUACAGCAUUCUGAUAAGGGGAUGGGGAGAUUUAGGGGAAGUUGCUGAAGCACAAAAGCUGUUUGAUGAAAUGCUUGAAAGAGGUUGUUCAGUUGAUUUGCUUGCUUAUAAUAGUAUUUUGGACUCACUAUGCAAGGCUGGUAAGAUGGAUGAGGCCUUCAACUUCUUCAUGAAGAUGAGGUCCAUUGGACUGAUACCUGAUGCUUUUAGUUAUUCAAUUUUCAUUCAUGGUUAUUGCACGGCGAAUGAUAUUCAUUCAGUUUUCAGGGUCCUUGACCAGAUGAGAAGGUACAAACUUGUGCCUAAUGUAUUUACAUAUAAUUGUAUCAUCAAAAAGCUUUGUAAGACCAAGAAAGUUGACGAGGCUUACCAACUGAUAGAUGAGAUGAUUAGCGAAGGGGUAAGACCUGAUUGUUGGAGUUACAAUACAAUCCUAGCUUCUCAUUGUGAUCACAAUGAAGUUAACUUGGCACAUAGGCUGGUUUCAAGAAUGGAACAAAACAACUGCCUACCAGAUAAACAUACAUAUAAUAUGUUGCUUAAGAUGCUUAUUAGGGUGGGAAGGUUUGAUAGAGUAGAGAAAGUUUGGGAGAGCAUGGAAGACAGGAACUUUUAUCCUUCAGUCUCGACAUAUUCUGUCAUGGUACAUGGUUUCUGUCAGAAGAAAGGCAAACUAGAGGAAGCAUGUAAAUAUUUUGAAAUGAUGAUAGAUGAAGGCAUUCCUCCAUAUACAGAGACGUGUGAAAAAUUGAGGAAUAGACUAAUAGGUCAUGGAUUUGCAGAGCAGACUGAGAUACUUGCAGAUAAGAUGGAAAGAAGCACAUCUAGUUUAAUUCAAGAGCUGGCAAGCGUAAUGAGAGGUAACAAGGCCCGUGUGAAAUUGAAACAUGAUGAAGAAUACUCGGAUGAAAAUUUUGAGUGAAAGAAUCUAAUGAUCUAGAAUCAUCUCAAUUCCCUGGUCAAGGUGAUACCUACUCUUGUCGCAUGUCGUUUAUUGGUAAGUACAUGCUGCAUUUCCUUGUUUUCUGAUAGCAGUGAGUGGUACUGACUUGGCUAUACCCAGUGGAAACUCCUGGCUCAGAUAGCAAAUUAUAGCCACAGAGGCAAAACCUUGGUCCGACCUAUUAUCUUGUGAUGGAAAAUUAUAGUCAAGGUGACAAUAUGGUCCAAGUGAGUUUCUUGAUCUGUAUAUUUCCGUAGCAAAGCCUAGAUUAAUUUUUAUGGUCAAUCUUUCCUGUGGGUCCAGUUGCUCUUUACCAUUCAAUAUGUGUAAAUGACAUCCUAACUUGUAAAGAUUUGGAUGUGGUGUAAUUGGCUUGCAAGGUUAAUGAACGAAAGGCAUGUAGUUAUCUCUUGGAGUCCACAUUUUGUGUUGGAUUCUUUGCAUCCUUAAAGGACAAGCUGAAGGGCCAUCAACUUUCAAGAGUAAACAAGGGGGUUUUAUUAGAAAGGGAAAAAAAGGUUAACAAGGGGUCGCAAGGUCUGCUUGCUAGUUGAGUGAUGCCUUAUACGUGGUAAUUACUGCUGGAAUACAUUAGUUAAGGCAUACAAGAAUCUCCGGCUGUACCAGAGCAUAUUAAGGACAUAAUUCUUUUGUGUUUGAAUGGGAACAUCUGAAUUAAAUAUUUAAUUGCGAGACAUUUUCUGGAAAUGCCAUGCAGAUUGAUAAGUUGUCGAUUUGUUGUUUCUGCCAUAUAUGUUUAGUUAAUGGGUUCUACAUGUAACCAUUAUCCUUAUUUCUACUUUGUGAAUGUACUACAUCCAACAUAGUUGGUGAUGUGACUCGGAACUGUGUCAUAUGAUCCUUCUAGGUGUGACGUCGAGUAGUUGUUUUCCUUGGAAAUGACCACAGGAAUCGUAAAGGUUGGCACUUGGAAACCUAAGUUGGAUAGAUCAAUCCACUAGAUUGGACUGUGGAGCAUGUUCUCUAGGUGAUGCAAGGUUAAAAAUGGAAAAAGCAUACAGAAGGUAGGAUGCUAGAUCAUCUUCUUCCAGUUUUCACCAUAGUUGUGUUUCCAACAAUAGUUUUGAGAAACCUGGGAAGCCAUUCAGAAGCAGGGUACUGAAGAAUAUGUCAUUUUUAUGGAAGCUUCAGAUUGAAUUUGAUGUUUGCUACUACAUGUGGUAGGAAACUGAUAGAUGGCUCCGCAUUAUCUCUUAGAGGAUUGAAUGCUCAUUGACCAGCCUCCUUUCUUGGAGAGGCCACCUAAUUUAUGAUUGUUGUCAUCACAAAACCUGUCAUAAUUUCUUGAAGAGCAUGGAAGCUGGAAAAGGAGUUGAAAGAUUUUGAAUAGGCAUAAUCAUAAUAUAUAAACGCAUUCUUUAACUUGACCUUAGUUGAUAUCUAUGCACUUUAACUAUCAUAAAAUUAAACAAGUAGACAUAUGUGACCAGUGAUAUAAUACACAUAAGAUGCAAAUUGUCGUGAGAAUUCAGCCUUUGCUCAAUUAUUGUUCUUGUAACAUGUGCUCGAAACUAAAAAAAAUAAAAUUCCACCUGUUUUUUUUUUGUUGGAAAAAAAAAACGACACCUACUAUAGUAAAUUAAAUUGGGAAAGCAAAUUAUCAAAGAGGUCAUGAUUCUUUUCAUUUUGUGGAAGCAAAUAUUUUUAUUUUUUAAUUGGUGUUCAAUUCUUAUUGGAGCCAGACUCGAAUGCAACCCUGGUUGGUGGAAGCAGAAAUUACUACUGUUUGAC